AUGAACUUUUCGGACCUCAAGGUUCUUUCCCGCGAGGUUGCAUCCGUCGACAAGUGCUUCAUCAAUGGCAAAACAUCCGAAGGUUGGGUGCGUGUCCGCAGCCCACAAGACUUUUACAGAGUUUACAGCCACUUGAAUGGAUUCAACUACAAGGGGUACAUCCUAUCCGCUUCCAUUGAAAACAGCAGCAAGUCGGUCUACAUCUGGGACCAGAAGAAGACGCGCGCAGCAGCCAACGCUUCCUCGUCGACCAUCGGUAGUGGGGCGGGAGCACCGAAUUUAUCGCCGCAUGCCGGUGUGUCUCCCUGCCUUGACUACGGCUACUGCGCCCCGGCCAACGGGAGCACCUCAGCGCCUGUCGAGUACAACGCCUGCUAUGGUUAUGAUUCCGGUUAUAGCAGCGGUGCCUCGUCUUCGUCGGGCUAUCCAUACCCUGCGCAGUCAGCAUCCCACACUGUGACAGCCAUGCCCCCGAACUUCAACUCGUACCAGCAGUAUGAAGGCGCCGGCAGCAGUGCCAGAUCAUGGCAACCGUACCACACGCCCAUCAGCAGUGGCCAAAACGGCGUUGUCUGCGGCUCUGGCUACUACGGGUACGGGUGCGAUCACCAGGCUGUUCAUGCCACUGGCGAAGGAGUUUCCCAGACGGCCAAGGUCAUUGUCAAGAACCUCUCGCGCCAUGCAAGCCCCAAAGAGCUCGAAUCCUACCUGCUCUCAGUCGUGGGCGGCCGGCACAUGCUUCAAGAAGAUGUGCGUUUCCCACGCCAGCCAUCCUCGAGUUCGGGCUCAAGCUCAAGCUCAAGCGCAACCCGCCAGCAUGCAUUCUUGCUCUUCAAUACGCACAGCGAUGCCCUCGCGGCGGUCAGCAAGCUGAGCAAGACCAAGCUACUCGGCCUGAACAUUGAAGCGCGACUGGCCACGGAGAUGGUCCUGCCAGUCCGUGGCUCCCCGUCAUCGACGUCGUCCUAUGCGCCACCCAAUGCCACGUCGUCUCUUACGGACAGUGGUGAUGCUGAUCUCGGUGUAGAUGCAUCGGCAACACUGUCUACAAACGGGCAGACGGAAGACACCAAGCCGAAACGAGAGAAGUCGCAUAACCUGGUUGUUGAUGGAAAGUCGCUCUACGGCCACGUCAAGCAGGCUAUAGAAGAGACCAAGGGCCGCGACCGCAAGCAUAAGCACCGAAAGUGA